AUGGUGUUCGUGAAUCUGUUAGGAGGCUCAAUGGAAGAGCGGAGAUUCAAAGAUGUCUUUGACGUUUUGGACGCUGAAAAGGACAAGAGCAGUAGAAGUUCAUGGAGGCUAAGUUUCUGUCGACUGAUGAGAAACUCCAUUCAAUAUUCACAAAAACAUUUGCUUCAUCUUCCACACUGUAGUCAAGCUACAACUCUAAAAGUGGACAGAGAGCUGUUAGGGAAGAGUCACACAUCACCUCAAUGGCAUGGUGGUUUGAAGCCGACCGAGAUUGUUGUUCUGAAACCUAAUCUUGGGAAGCUGGUAGAGCUCUUCCAUCACAGAGCUCUCCUUGUGAUGAGGUCAGGGAAGAUCUCAGGCUUCUAUGCACCAGCAACCGGGAGACACAAGCAUUUGGCAGGUUGA